AGCCACCCUCCCUGCGCGCGUGGGCGCGGCUCGGCGUCAGGGGGAGAGGGGAAAGGUCAGAGGUGAGGCGCUGGCCCGGGCUGGGAGCCGAGCGGCGCGAGACCCGCCCCCCCCCGUAAGGUUGCCCCUGUUUCUGGUCCCAAAGUCUCCCACCUCAGGAGAGGAUCAGCCGCCUGGAGAGUUGUACAGACCGUAGCUAAAGGGCCUGUCCCGUGAAGGAGUUAAAUCAUAAGCAAAGAGGGGAGGGGGCAUGAAGCAGCCCAGGGAAGAGAGGACAGAGAAGCAUCCUGCUAACCUGCCCUGUGGUGGAGAGAGAUCAGAAGGCUUCUCUGGACCUUAAGAAUGGCCGAGGAAAAGGCUCACUGGCCCACAGGAGCCGGAUUUUGAAGAGAGAAGAGGCAAGUACUAGCUUCCUAUCCUGCAUACGGUGCCUUUGCUGACGUGCUGCACAUGGUGAACCUGAGAAACCCCCAGGACACAUUCCGGGAUGGCAGCUAGGUGACGACAGCUGAGGAUGACCCUGACUGAAAAGCUGCGCGAGAAGAUAUCGCGGGCGUUCUACAACCACGGGCUGCUGUGUGCUUCAUACCCCAUUCCCAUCAUCCUCUUCACUGGCCUCUGUAUCCUGGCCUGCUGCUACCCGCUGCUUAAGCUCCCCUUACCUGGAACAGGACCUGUAGAGUACAGCACUCCGGUGAAGGAUUACUCGCCACCUUCUUCAGAGCCAGGCCACCAGCAAGGAGAUCCUAGUGAGAGACCUGAUUGGUACCUGGGCCCUCCCGUGGCCUACAUCCAGCAGAUCUUGGUGAAAGCCACGGUCUCGCCAUGGCACAAGAACUUCCUCGCUGUGGACGUGUUCCGCUCGCCGCUCUCCCGCGUCUUCCAGCUAGUGGAGGAGAUCAGAAACCACGCCCUGCGAGACAGUUCUGGGAUCAGAAGUUUGGAGGAAGUCUGCCUUCAGGUGACAGACCUCCUGCCCAGCUUAAAGAAGCUGCGAGACCUGCUACCUGAACAUGGCUGCCUCCUGCUGUCUCCAGGGAACUUCUGGCAGAAUGACCGAGAGCGCUUUAACUCCGACCCUGAUAUCAUCAAAACUAUCCACCAGCACGAACCAAAGACACUGCAGACAUCAGCUACCCUCAAAGAUCUCUUGUUCGGAGUCCCGGGGAAGUACAGCGGCGUGAACCUGUACAACAGGAAGCGGGUGGUGUCCUACACUGUCACUCUAGCUCUCCAGCGAUAUGAUUCCAGGUUCCUCACCAGCCUCCGCUCCCGGCUGAAGCUGCUGCACCCUAGCCCCAACUGCACCCUGCGGGAGGAGCACGUUGUCCACGUCCACUUCAAAGAGGAGAUCGGCAUCGCUGAGCUGAUCCCCCUUGUCACCACCUACAUCAUCCUCUUUGCUUACAUCUACUUCUCCACACGGAAGAUUGACAUGGUGAAGUCGAAAUGGGGCUUGGCCCUGGCCGCGGUUGUGACGGUGCUCAGUUCUCUGCUCAUGUCGGUGGGUCUGUGCACGCUGUUUGGCCUGACGCCUACUCUCAACGGAGGGGAGAUUUUUCCGUACCUGGUGGUGGUGAUUGGCCUGGAGAAUGUGCUGGUUCUUACCAAAUCAGUCGUCUCCACACCCGUCGACCUGGAAGUGAAACUGAGGAUCGCACAAGGCUUGAGCAAUGAGAGCUGGUCUAUUAUGAAGAACAUGGCCACAGAGCUUGGGAUCAUCCUGAUUGGUUAUUUCACGCUCGUCCCGGCCAUCCAGGAGUUUUGCCUCUUUGCUGUGGUUGGCCUGGUGUCCGACUUCUUCCUACAGAUGUUUUUCUUCACCACGGUGCUGUCCAUUGACAUUCGCCGGAUGGAGCUCGCUGACCUGAACAAACGUCUGCCGUCAGAAGCCUGCAUGCCCCCGGCAAAGCCAGUGAGCUGCUCCCAGAGGUACGAGCGCCAGCCAGCCAUGCGGCCAGCCACCCCGCACACCAUCACCCUGCAGCCGUCAUCCUUCAGGAAUCUGCGCCUGCCCAAGAGGCUGCGGGUCAUCUACUUUUUUGCCAGGACCCGGCUGGCCCAGCGGCUCAUCAUGGUUGGAACGGUGAUUUGGAUUGGAAUCCUGGUGUACACAGAUCCCGCUGGCCUCCGCACCUACCUCACGUCGCAGGUCACAGAGCAGAGCCCGCUGGGAGAAGCGGGACUGCCUCCCAUGCCAGUUCCUGGAGGUGUCCUUCCGGCUGGGGAUGUCAAGCUCGCCCUCUCGGUCUUCCCCUCGGAGCCCGUGCAGCUGUCAGAGAACCAGACGCAGCAGCAGCGCGAGCAGAAGGAAGGGCUAGAGUCCCGGAAUGGGCUGGAGGCAAAUCAGCAGCCGUGGGCCCAGGGACCGGAGAGCCACGGCAGUGGGCAGCCGGAGCCUGGCACAAAGGCAGAGGUCACGUGGGGCGUGGAGGAUGAGGAGAUCUGGAGGAAGCUCUCCUUCCGACACUGGCCAUCCCUCUUCAGCUACUACAACAUCACCCUGGCCAAAAGGUACAUCAGCAUCCUCCCAGCCAUCCCUGUCACCUUGUACCUGAAUCCACGAGAAGCCUUAGAAGUGCGCCACCCUCAGGAGGCUAAUCGCUACCACUCUUUCUUCCCUUCGAGCCUCGGGAAAUUGGAGGCGGUGGAUCGGCCCGGUGAGGCCUUGCCCAAACUGCAGGGGCACCGGGACGUCACGCUCUACAAGGUAGCUGCUCUGGGCCUGGCCUCUGGCAUCCUCCUGGUUCUUCUGCUCUUCUGCCUGUACAGAGUGUUCUGCCCCAAAAACUAUGGGCAGAACGGGCUCUCGCACAGCCGGAGGAAGAGAGGGGACCUGCCCUGCGACGACUACGGCUAUUCCCCACCCGAGACCGAGAUCACCCCCCUGGUUCUCAGGGGUCACCUCAUGGAUAUCGAGUGCCUGGCCAGUGACGGGAUGCUGCUUGUCAGCUGCUGUCUGGUGGGUCAGAUCCGAGUGUGGGAUGCUCAGACUGGAGACUGCCUCACUGUCAUCCCCAAACAAGGGUUGCGCAGAGACAGCAGCGGCGUCUUUGAUUACCAGGAGAGCUGGGAUCAGAGCCCAGAGCUCAAGAACGGGCUGGAGGAUCCCUUCGACAACAGCCACCCACUCAAGAGGCUGCUGAGCCCCCCGCAGCCCCCUCUGUUCUGCGACCAGCCGGACCUCACCUCUCUCAUUGACACCAACUUCUCGGAGCAGGCCAAGGCGGUGGAGCCGGAGCCCAGGCACCGCGCAGUCUGCGGCCGGCACAAGGACACUGGCUACAACUUCGGCAGACUGGUAGAGAAGGUCUACGAGGAGCAGAACGCUUCGAACUGCAUGAACUUCGCCGGCUUCCCGGCCACGCACGGGCAGGCCGUUUCCUGCGCGAGGACGGGCAGCACCAGGGCCCUGAGCUGCGGGACGGGGGAAGGAGGGUGCAGUGCCCGCAGGAAGAGCCUAGGGGACGAGCCUUUGGCCGGAUUUGAAAAGUCCUCCCCCGUCGCUGCGUGGGCCGGUGACUUGGAAAGCUCUGUCUGGAGCCUGGACCUGCGGGGCAACCUCAUUGUGGCUGGCCGGAGCAAUGGGAAGCUGGAGGUGUGGGAUGCCAUCGAGGGGACCUUGCGGUGCUGUAACGAGGAGGGUCAGUCCGGAAUCACAGCACUCGUCUUCCUGAACAACAGGAUUGUGGCUGCCAGGCUGAACGGCUCCUUGGAUUUCUUCUCUUUAGAAACCCACUCAUCCUACAAUCACCUGCAGUUCCGAGGAACCCCUAGCAGGAGCAGCAUCCCGUCCUCCCCCAUGUGCAGCAGCAAUGACCUCAUCAUGUGCCAGCUGACCCACACGGUGUCCUGCGCCCAUCAGAAGCCAAUCACGGCACUGAAGGCUGCGGCUGGGCGGCUGGUGACAGGCAGCCAGGACCACACUCUGAAAGUAUAUCGGCUGGAAGAUUCGUGCUGCUUGUUUACAUUGCAGGGUCACUCAGGAGCAAUCACAGCCGUGUACAUAGACCAGACGAUGGGGCUGGCGAGCGGGGGCCAGGAUGGCGCCAUCUGCCUUUGGGACGUGCUGACAGGAAGCAGGGUCAGUCACAUGUACGCCCACCGUGGGGACGUCACCUCGCUGACCUGCACCACCUCCUGUGUGAUCAGCAGUGGCUUGGAUGACGUGAUCAGCAUCUGGGACCGAAGCUCUGGGAUCAAACUCUAUUCCAUCCAGCAGGACCUGGGGUGCGGGGCCAGCCUGGGAGUGAUCUCCGAUAACCUGCUGGUGACGGGAGGCCAGGGCUGUGUCUCCUUCUGGGACAUCGGCUACGGCGACCUGCUGCAGACCGUCUACUUGGGGAAGAGCAACGAGUCGCAGCCGGCCCGGCAGAUCCUGGUGCUGGAGAAUGCCGCCAUUGUCUGCAACUUCGGCAGCGAGCUCAGCCUGGUCUACGUGCCCUCGGUGCUGGAGAAAUUGGACUGAGGGGGCGGAGCUGGGCCCUGCGGGCUGCCGUAUCUGAGUUCUGAUUGGACAGCGCCUGGGGUGGGAGGACAGGGCAGGAGCUCCAGGAGCUGCUUCUCCCUCCCUUCCUCCUCCUCCCCAGCUCCUUGGAUCCCAGGCGCUCCCCCUGCAGCUGCCUGGGUGGGGCUGAGCCCUGCUCUGCCUGUGGCCCCCCCACCCCAGGCAUCCCCCCGCCCUGCUCUUGCUCCGCAGGUCAGUUCCUCCCUUGGGGCUGCAGCAGAGCUCAGUGGGGACGGGCCCGUGGGGCAGGAAGCCGGUGCUGUCACCAGCUGGGGGAUGCCCUGGGGAAGCUACCAGCGGGCCGGACUGCACAGCAGGUGGCCAGAAGACCGAGGAACCGUCAGUGGGAUGGGGCUUAACAGAGCCUGGGCCGUGCAAUGCCGUGGGCUUGGGAAGCAUGGGGGCACAGUGCCCAAGGGGCUGUGACGGUAGACCUGGGAACUCCUGCUCCAGCUGGGGAGGAGGCUGCGGGCAGGGCGGGGCCUAGUGGUCUGUUUGUGGGAUGGGGAGCCUGGCCCUGCUGUGUUCAAGGCUGGGCUUGACUGCUGCCUCCAGAAGGGGCCUGGCGCUCUCCGUGGGAUGUUUCUGCAGCUGUGAAGCAGGCAAACCCUGCCCUGCCUCCUGAAGACACGAACACCUGGAGAACGUGGCCCAGUGCUUAGGGGGGGCACUGCCCAGGUCAGCCACGGGGCUCUCCAGCACGGGGAGAGGGAGCCCGCGCCGGCAUUGCUAGGGUGGCCGUAGCCCCACUGUGCGAGGUGCUGUACCGACACGGGUGCCAGGCCUGGGUCCUGGUUCCCCUCUACCAGCAAGGCCUGUGCCCCACAAGGCAGGGCAGGGCAGGGGCCGUGUACGUUACAGUGUGUCCCCCUAAGGCAAGUGAAAUCCCGCCCAGGGCCAACGGGCAUUUCCUGCAGUGAAUAAGGGCAGCUUAGACCCUAGAGGGGAUGGGGCCUCAGCCCUCCCCUUGUGUCCUGGCUGGCAUUCAAUGCCCACUGCCCCUGUGCUUCCCCAGUGCUGCCUGCAGGUGCGGGCCCUGCCCAGGGAGGGGUGCCGGGGCCAGAGCCUUCAGCUGUGGGCAUGGGCUCGCUGGCCCAGGGGGAUCCCCUGCUCGCCUGGCUUGGGCUGUGACAGCGUGCAGGGCGGGGCGGGGCGGGGGAUGUUAAUUCACUGGCUGUUGUAGCUCAAGCAGGCGCCAUUAACCAGCUCCCUUUACUUGCCUGGUCACAGAAAAGGGGGGCAGAGCUGGUGGCCGAUUGGGCAGGGGGGAGGGGGCGAGUUGAGCAGCGGGAAAAAGCAGAUGCUGACCAACUCCCCCCCUUCUCCCUCCUGCAUUAGCACUGGGCUCCGUCUCCCUGCCUUGGAACGAGAAGGGCAUGCUGGGGUCUGCCCUGGCGAGCCCUGUACGCCCACAUCACCUGCCCUAUUUAUUGCUAUGCUGUAUAUACUUAUUUAUUACGGUGGGUGAGCCGGGGGCGGCCUGCAGCCCAUGGCCAGCGCUGUCCCAACUGCAGCAAAUGCCGGCAGCUCCCUGCUGCUCUGGGGCACCAGGAGCCUGGCUCCAGGACAGCCCAGAGCAGAGUCCUGGCAUGAGCCGGGGGCAGCUGAACCCUCUGGCUGCUGGCACAAUAAAGGGGCAUGCAUUGGGACAGGACAUGCGCGUAGGGGCUGCGAACUGGGGCAGCCAGAGAAACCCCCCCGCCCCCAGUAAGUGGUUGGCUUUGUUGGUCUCUGGAGGAGGGCGGCUGCACCAUCGCCCCCUGCUUGGGGGCCAGCCAUUGAGCUUUCCUGACCCCAUGGGCAGGGCCCCUCUGUCCAGACACCGAUGGGCUGUGAAGCCCUCCCCAGGGGAGAUGGCUGCAGGCCCAACAGCCAGCACGUGCCAUGGAACCAAGCAGGGCUUUUCCAUCGCUGCUGUCGGAGCAGUCACCACCUCUGCUCAGCACAAACCACAGCCCGAGGGAGCCUGAACCUGCCUUGGGCACGCAUACAGGAGCCUCCAGUUUCCCUGGGAAUGGGAAAAGGCACCUUCCCAGGCCACGGAGCCACAUGCAGGGGAACAGGCACCAUGUCUGUCCUCAGUACUAGCACUGGGAGAGGUGGCAGAGGGGUUCCCCAGGGCCGCCUCCUGGCUUGCUCGCCAGUCUAGUGUCUGCUCUGGGGAAAGCCUGGCCUGUGGUGACCACAGCAUGUGAACGCUUUGCAAAGAGAGCAGGAAGCUGGGGAGGGGGGUGGGAGCCUGGCUUGGCUAGCCGUGCGGCCUGGCCUUGUGAGGCCAUUGGUCAGUAGCUGGGGGGAGCCCUACAGGUGAGGAUCCCAAAGGGUUUAUUUCACUCUACAUGUUUGACAGCAGGACGUGCUGCUCAAGCGCCUGUUUGUGUGUGAUGUAAUGCUGUGCCUGUAGAGACCCACUGAGGCCGAGUGCUGCUGAGAACUAACCUCCCGCCCGCCUCAGCCGUGGGGCAGGCGAGCUGAGGGCCCAGACAAGGCCGUGGCUCUGGUGGGACCUGCAGUCUGGGAGCAAGCUGGCCCCUGAAAGUCCAACCACUGCUGCAAGCAGCUUUGGGGGGGGGGGCCUGCUCCUGAGCCCGUGUGCUCGCUUGCUGAUGCCCUGGCUGUGUCUGUCCUGCCUCGGGUGGCCUUAGCCCUGCUGUACGCUUUGUACUGUACAGUGGAAGCUUUUUUGUACCAGAUUGUGUUUUAUAACCUGUACAAAGACACAUUAAACCAAACUAACCGAAA